CGCUUUAUGUCUGUCUAAACGCCGUUUCACCGCCCUUUGGUUAUUUUGGCCGGGACGCUCUCUCCCUCACACUCUCUCUCUCUCAGACGGUCGCUAAUAUCCAUCGACUCAUUUCUCUCAGAUUCACUACCAAUGGCUCUCUGCAAUCAACUAAGCCGUCUUGUCAAGCAAGCCCGCCCCUCUCUCACCAAACACUCCCUCAGAUCCUUCUCCUCAGAAGCCACUCACCACAGGAACCACCAGGAGACGCACAGUUUCCUCGAGCCGGAGAGGUAUAUAGGUAGCUGGGAGGCUCCUAAAGAUCCCAAGGAUGCGGAGAGGAUGCUUGAGCAGCUCAGGAGAGACUACGCGAAGAAAGUGAAGGUGUAUCGGAGAGAGUAUGUUCAUGAGAUUGAGAUGCUUAGGGUUGAGAAGCAGCGUAAGGAUGAGGCUAGGUUGCUUGCUGAGAGGGCUGCUAAUGAGGAGAGAAGGCGUUUGAAAGCUGAGGCUGCUAAGGUUAGAGCUGAGGAGCGUAAGAUUUUCCAGGAUGAGUUCAGGAAGACUUUGAUGAAAGAAAGAGAGGAAAAGUUGGAGUUCUGGAGAACGACAGGAUUAAAAAGAGAAGAGAAGAAGAAAGCGAGAAAGAAGCUAUUGCAUGAGCAAAGCUCAUUGUGGAUCGAGCCAAAGGAACUGGAGAAGAAGAUUACCGAAGCCCUGGUUGAUUCCACUACUCUCUAAAACCAAAGCCCAUCUCAUCUGAAUCCUCGUUUUCUCAAACAAUCAUCUUAGUGAUUUCGUUGGAGACUACUCUCUUUUCUUCUUCAAAUAGAUAAAGAAAGCGAAGGCGUUUUUGUCCUUUUUGCAUUAAGCACAUAAUGAACACUGGUUGGAUAAGUUUAAAGUUGGUCAAUAAUAAGAGAGCUUUAAUUUUUCUUUGUUACCAAUUACCCACACUGUCGAUUUGUGCUUGCCUUUGUUGUUAGUGAUAAGCGGAAGAGAGUGAGGCUGAAGAGUUUCUUGUCCCUUUCAUUUGAGUCAUAAGCUGAGCAUACAUUGCUUAGCAGAUUAGUAAUCACGCCUUUCUCUUGUAGUUGUUGCAUCGUAUGUUUUGUACUUGUUUAUGCUAUUUGAGUCAUUAUAACAUUUUCUAUGGUCCAUAUGAGUCAUUUAUAU